UAUGUUCGACAUUCUUAUGGUAAAAAUCUUUAUUGUUAUUCUAUAUCUCGUUAUUCUUUAUAUUAUAUCUUUGAUAUUGUUAUUCAAUGUCGUGGCAUUCAUAUUCUAAGUAAUACCAUUGUUAUUGUAUAUGUCGUUAUUCUUAUUGUAUGUUCGAUAUUCUUAUGGUAAAAGUCAUCAUUGUUGUUCAGUAUCUGACGAUUCUAUUUACAAAACGUGUCAUUCUUAUUCUAUGUUAUGUGAUUGUAUUUGUCUAGCGUCGCUGUGCUAUUUAUAUCUCGUGUGCUAUUUAUAUCGCGGGAAAUCCCACAUACAAUAAGAAUAUCAAGCUUACAAAAACAAUAAUGAAUAUACAACAACAAUAACGUGUUUUACAAUAAGAAUAUCGAAUAUACAAUAAGAAUAACGACAUAUAGAAUAACAAUGGUAACACUUAGAAUAUGAAUAGAAACGACAUUGAAUAACAAUAACAAACAUACAAUAAUAAUAACAUACAUAUAUAAUUUAGCAACGUUUGACAUGACAUAGCCGAUUAGAUCUAGCAAAAAAAAAAAAAAAAAAAAAAAUAUAAAAAAGAAGAACAACAAAAAACGUCCACGGGCAUACAUUUAGAUGGGGUGACCCCUGCGCGUGACCCCUUACUAUAUACCAAUGCAAAUACGACUUUCGUUUUCAAGUGUAGCCUGUUUACUUUCUUUUUCUUUAAAUUCGGAAAAAGCUGAAGGUCGUCUGACAUCAUUUUCUGUACCUAUGCUUAGCGAGAUUCGAGGAUAUAGGCUAAGUUAUCAUAUGUCAGAUCUUGUUUUUUUUCCUACAAUAGAUUUUCUAGCAGAUUUCAGUGAUAAUGGCUGAAAAUACUAAUCAAACUGGCAAGGGAGAUAACCUUUCCUGCCUCAUUCAAGACACUGUCCUGACAUUACAGGAAAAUGUUAAAUGUGAAAAAGCGGUUAAAGUUCAAAAGGCAGUCACAGCUUGUAUAAAAUUCUUUCUCGCCGAACUAACUAAAGAGGAACCUUUGUUCAAACCUGCUGAGCUGAUUCAGGUAGGAAGUUUUGCGGAAGGAACGAAAAUACUAGAACCGGAUGAAUUCGAUUUUCUUGUUGUAAUAGAUGAAUUAUCCAAACCAGGGGCUGUCGCUGUAGAUAACAAUCCUGAAAAAGUCAAAGGUUAUACACAUCUUCCACAUUCCGGAUAUGUCACCUUGGCUGUAGCAGACGACAAUUUAAAAAACAAAUGGGAGAAGUAUUGUGAAAAUGGAUUAUUGCAAUGUUUUCAAAACUCGAUUGAUCGUUCACGAUUCGGAAGUAUCUUUAUCAAAGUUAUACGAAAACUCUACGUGAAACGUGUAUUCUUAAAGAAAGCAGAUGCAGUGGUGACUUGCACCUCUACUGAAAUAGAUUUUGUAAAUUUUGGCAUGGGUAUGCCAGCGGUUGACGAUAUAGGUUUAAAUUUGAGGAGAGUAGAAUUUAAAACACCAAAUGUGCUGAUAGACUUUAAACUAGAUGGUAUGAAAAUAAGUGUUGAUCUAUCACCUGCAAUUCGAUAUUAUAGGAUCACAGAUUGUUUCAAACCGGAGGACUGUGCUGGUGCCGCCUUAUCAGAUGCAAUUUUAAACCGCGAAUCCCUGUUGUUAGUUGCGAACAGAAAUUUUGACUUCCGUGUAACAGUUACGGAAGCGGAAGUUGGUUACAUUCAACAUAUAAUGAAACAUGAACAUAAAGGGAUCUAUAUAUUUCUGAAAUAUGUAAAUUACUUAUUCGAAACAAAAAGGAAUGCGUGGGAACCCUAUUCUUCAUACAUGCUGAAAAACAUUUGCCUUAUGCAUGACCUAAAUUGCCAACAUGAAACGAGAACAAUCACGUCCUGCUUCAAGGACAUCUUAGAAGAUAUGAAUGCUUGUUGUUCUAAAUUAGAAAUAACAAGUGCAGUAAACUCUAAAAUCGACUUGUGUGCAAGUUCACCUUUAUCGUCGGAUAAAAUGACUUUUGGAUAUAGACAACAUGUUGUUGAUGCUUUGACAAAAAUAUCUCAACAGGCAGUGGAUAUUCAUACUUUUGAAGACUUCAAAGAACUAUUAAACAGCACUGUUGAAAAAUACCUGAAACGAUUUCAAGACAGGAUGGAUGAACACUUUUAUUUACGAAAUGAUGCAUGAAGCAUAACACUCAUGUUGAGGACAUCAGCCAUAAGACAUUUUUCAAGAUGAAAUAGAAAGCGCUGUGAAAAUAUUGUAUAUUUGUUGUGUCAAUCCCCAAAUGCAAAAUACGCUUGUGUGCCAGAACAAGAAUACGUGAUCUAUAAUGUUGAACAUUGAACAAAUUAUCUUUCAAUGUAGGAUUCCAAUAAAGUUUUCCACUGAAUCAGAUGUUUUUAUGCGUAAUAGUAUUCAUUUGUUCAUCUGAAGUUUUCUAUAUUUGUCUUCCUGUAAUGUAUAAGUAAAGUUGUGUUUUACAUGUUUCCUGCAUUUUUAUCACGAAUAUAGACAUUUAACUGUUAUUGUUAUGCUAAUGUAGCCAAAUAUUAAUAAAACUACCAUUUCUACACCCAGCAAAAAGCUUUCUGUACAUCUGGGGUGUAUGUGUUAUAAAUUGAUAAUUGUAUUUCAUGCGGAUAUGUUUUAUAUAUCAUAAUACGCAAAAAUCAAACUUGACAAAAUGGCGAAAAGAGAACGAAAGUUCACUAAUUCAUUGGUAAUCCAAUAACAAAGCAGACAAAGGCCAUCUGUCCAACAUUCUGUCAGUAUUGUGUGUAUCCACCUUUGUGUGCAAAACAUUCGACUACAUCCCUUCAUUCAUUUGACUGGGAGCUCCGCGGCUGAGUGGUUAAAGUCACUGACUUCAAAUCACUUGCCCCUCACCGAUGUCGGUUCAAACAUUGCUCGGGGCGUUGAAUUCUUCAUGUGAGGAAGCCAUCCAGGUGGCUUACGGAAGGUCGGUUGCCCUACCCAGGUGCCCGCUUGUGAUGAAAUAAAGCACGGAUGGGCACCUACGGUCUUUCUCCACCAUCAAAGCUGGAAACUCGCCAUAUAACCUAUAAUUGUGUCGGUUCAUCGUUAAACCCAACACAACAAACAAACAUUGAAUUCACUAGACGGUGUAUUUUCUGAUAAGGAAUUAAUGCCCUCUCUUGCCAAAAAAUAGCUGGUAAGUCCACAAUCUUUUUGUUGGGCUUG